UCACCCCUAUUUCCAACAUUCUGUUCAAUCCACUUGCUAUACGUCACUUUCUUAUUAUGCCACAAAAUAAAAUGAAGACCCCUGCUUCUAGGCGUUCAGCCAAACGUAGGAAAACGACACAAUUUAACACCACUACUGACACGACUUCCAACAGUUUCAACGAGACGAGCCACUCCGUUCAUCCGGAAGCAGACAAGCGUUUACCAGUUGUCUCCAUUCCAGACAUGUUGAAAACUCUGAUGGUAAACAGUGAUGAUAAUCGCAACUGCAACCAUAUGGAUGCUAUAAAAAAGUUGCAAGUAGACAUGAACAUUCUCAAUCCGCUUAAAUAUCUCAUCAACCCCAACCUCACAGAGAUUCCAGAUCAAAUGAAUGACAUAAAUAUUUUCCUAGAUCGUGUUGCAUCAGAGGUAUUUGAAAGAAUAAGACGAUCUAGUAAUGCAAUUGUGUUUAAUAUACCGGAUACACAUGCCCUUAAAAAGAUCAAAUCUAGUCUGCUUAGAGCCAGCAAUAUGACACACGUACCAUGUGUAUGCACAAGAUUAAAACGAAGUCAUCCUGGUAUGCACUCACCGAUCUUGUUCAAAUUCAACUCAUCUGUAGACGCCAGUGAAUUUUUAAAUUCCUCCAAUUCAUUGAGACAAAAACAGAUUUUCAAGGAUAUUAAGACUCUUCCGGAUAAAACACCAUGCCAGCGAAAAGCAGGAAGAGAUAACUACAGACCACCAGCGUCAAACUCUCAAACGCAUCAUAAUCCUAAUGAUCGUAAAGUUAAGUCCGAUUCUAAGAAAACGUCUAGCUUAACAAUUUUGCCGCCACCGAAAAACUCUUCUGAAUCUCCUAAAGUUCAAAACCGAGAAAAAAGUAAUCCCGAUGUAGGUGGUGUCCAUCCUCUUAAGAAUGUUGAUUUAGAUUCAACCCGAAGUAGUUGUGCUGAUGAAGAAUGGGAUAACACAGUCCAAACCCCUGUUAGUGCAACACCCAGUUACAGUAACUGUGCAACGGAUAACAGGAAAACUAAUCAUAACAUUCAUAUAACUGACCACGAACUUAACGUUGAUAUAUUCGAACCUCCCAAACCAUCGCAAGUAUGUUUAACAGUACAUAAUCCUCUCCAACAUAUGAAGAAGCCGAAAUCAAUCACAAACCUUGGAAAUAAACAUCUUAAACACGUUACCCAUACGUCAGGUAUAAAUAGUUAUCUGAAUUGUAAUUGGCCACUUGGUCAAAACCAUAGACCUGAUAGUCUUCUCGGUCCGGCUCCCAAUAUGUACACUAUGCCCUUAUCAGAUGUUAUAUCCAAUAGCAGUGAGAAAACUUUUUUUGUAAUUCCGCCGGCUUUCCUGCCGGCAACGGUAAACAUAUUUCACAUGAUGACAAAGUGGUUGAAUCUAUUUCCCCUCGCAACACAACUCUUACCUUAGCUAAUCCUAUGAGUAUUAAUGGAACUACCAAUUGCGAUUUAUACUCUAACCUGCUUCACUAUGAUGACUCUGAGUUUCUUAUUCUUUCUUUCAAUGCCCGCUCUCUGUCUAAUAAAAUCAUUCAUCUUAAAACUCUUUUAUUCCUUGUAAAUCCAACCAUUGUACUUAUUACGGAAACGUGGUGUAAUUCAUCUAUAUCCGAUCAUUCCUUGAAUGUCGAUAACUACGUUUUCUUUAGAACCGAUAGAUGUUAUGGAAUAGGAGGCGGUACGAUUAUCUAUGUCCGUUCAGACAUUCAAGCGUGCAAAUUUGAGGAUAAAUCCUUUGAUGCUAUAGAAGACUCCACUUGGGUUACUGUAAACUGUGGAUCCCAAAAUUAUUUACUGGUGGGAUGCAUAUAUAGACCACCUCAUGCGGAUACUAAGUUUGACAGAUUACUAACAAACAUAUUUUCCAUUGCUUCGCAUCAACCGCAUACCUUUAAAAUCGUCGGAGGUGAUUUUAAUCUGCCAAAAAUUACAUGGGGCUUGACUCCGGUACCAGGUCGAUAUAACAAGCUAGUUGAAACAUUAGAAAUUUGUGGAUGGGUUCAACAGGUCCGAAAACCAACCAGGGGGAAUAAUACACUUGAUUUAAUGUUCACAAUCAACAUAGACUCUAUCUCAGUGCAUACCAGUCAUGAGUUUUUUAUGAGUGACCAUAGAGUUGUAUUGAGUAUUAUUCACUCUUUAAACGCCAUACAAUCGAAUUCUAAAGCUUCAAUGACGUACCAGAGCAGAUAUUUUGAUCAACAAACAUGGAAACGGACUGAAACUCUCAUUCAAUGUUUACCAUGGGAAACUUAUUUUACCACAAAUAAUGUUGACAUCGCGCUUUCCAAUCUAUAUCACAACCUGAUAUAUUGUCUUGACUGCACUGCUCCAGUUAUUGACCGUGUGGCUUAUAAUGCUAAUAGGGGCCAAAAUACUUUUAAAAGAAAGCUGAGGAAAUUAAAAUACCGC